AUGUAAGGCAGCGGCAUGAAGGACGGCGCGGCUCCGGGAGGCGCACGGCAGGUGCGGCAGAGCUGAGGCUGCACCUCACGGAAAACGAGCUGCUGCUCCACCAUGUCCACCGCAUCCGAUCAACUCACUGCUGAGACGGCUGUGUUGAUCUUGAAUCACAUUGAAUGGAGAGCAUUGAAGUUCCUUUAAGAUGACACGAACGCAUCCCCCUGAUAUACUGGCAUCGACUCUAUAUCAGGACGUUACUUUAAAUCCCCUUACUGACCACUCCAUUUCUCCCCACUCCUCCCGGCAAUGUGACUUGAAAAUGAUUGACAAACCAGAAAUUAUCAACAAAAGACACUGCCGUAGCUUUGACUUCAUUGAGUCACUGGAUGACCCGCAAUCCUUCUCUUCCUCAAUGGAGUACCCACACAAGAGGGCAGAGCAUCAGACAUUAAACAAAGACCUAAUGUGGAAUGGACUAGAUCAGCCGGGACACCUCCGCUUUUCAUCUCCUGAUCUGUUCAACACCAGGCAGUUCCAGCAGCAGACCGCCCAGGACAAAACCAGCCAUCUUACAUGGUCCGAUUCUAAAAAGAGAACAAGAUCUAAAAGCGCUCCAAGAAUUAAGGCCACCCUCACUCCUGUGCCCAUCUCAGUGUCUCCUCCAGGAGCCAGGAAGGGGAGGGAUGCUCCUCAGCCUGCAUCAGAUGCAUUAAGGACUUCUGAAACACAUCGAGAAUCCUACUCCUCAAACAGGGCUUUUUUGAAUGAUGUGCAUCCUAUCAAACUGCAGCCCCAUUCUCCCCUCUACGUUUCAGACUGUUUUGAGGAGGAUAAACCAGACAAACCAGCCAUAACCCCUCAUGUCAGGUGCCGUGUGGACAUUAAACCGGAUGCUGCGGUACUGCAGCACACAUCUAGGCAGGUUCCCAAUGUACGGACUGAGCAUCUUUGGCAGAGAUACUCUCAGGCCAGUAGCAGUAGAGGUUUGUAUGUACCACGACAGAUUGUCUCCUCACCAACGCCCACUCCGAGUGAAUGCUACAGUGGAGAUUUUAGACAAGGAUACCACUAUACCACUAGCAUGUCUCCUAUCUCUUACCAGCAUCUAGACAUGCACAGAAUGCCGUCACCAACAGCACCAUAUCUGAGUCAAGAGCAAAGAGCUUACUCAAACCCAAACAUACCAACCAAGUUUUUCUAUACAGAAGACCCUGUUCGCUAUCCAGUCCAUCCCUAUUCUAGAGCAUACUUUCAGGAUGAUCGCUCCAGUCUAACUAGUCAUGGUAGUACAAUGACUAGUCAGUAUGAUCCAAGGACUCGAUGGGUGCACAGCCUUCCUGUCAGGUCCUAUUACACAGACCACCUUUCCAACCGAGAACCAGCACAAUCUGUAUAUAGUAGGCCUUAUUCCACAAGUGAGGCAGGAUCAUACUUUCCCCAAACUCCACUAUCUAGAUCGUACUAUGGAGAGGACAACCGGUUUAAUCCAUACCAUAUGAGUAGCUCAAGGUUGUUCUAUUCCAAACCGUACAGCUCUCCCGAGGAGCUGUACUUUCCAACAAGGCCGUAUCAUACGGAGGGUCGUCGACGCCCUCGAAUGUCUCAGGCCUUUUCAGAUGACUGGUAUCGCUCCAGUAUAUCCGGCUACUCUAACCACUCCUCACAGCACACACCACCAAGAGUAAGGCAAGACCCCACUAUACCCCCGUGGUUUACUAACAGCUGUGUGGAGACAAGCAGACUAGGAGCAGAGGUCAAAAACCACUCCAAGUCUUGGGACAAUAUUCUGUAUCCACGGCAUGACAGAGAGCAAUCAGUGCCCCGUGGGCGUAGCUAUGAGAACCUGUUCCACCAAGCAAGACAUGGAGCAUCCUCAGAUAUUACAUCUCAGCCUGUUAUACUUAACCUCUCAAGUUCACCAAGGCGCUAUGCUGCCCUUUCUCUCUCUGAAAACUCGUUAGAGAGGGCCUCAAGCAAUCCAUGGAGGAAUACCAAGAGUGGGCACUGGUUUGUAACUCCUGAGAUCACCAUAACAGACAAUGACUUAAGUGCUGGCAACAACAAGCGGCGCGAUGUGCACUCUGUCAGCUGGGAUAUGCUGGAGGGAGAGAAGACACCAUCUCCGAGAGUAAUGCAUCAGAAGCAACCAUCCAACACAGCGGACAUAAGCAAAGAAAGGAAACACAACAACUUCUCCCUCCAGCAGAGUCUAGAACAACUGGACGAACUCUUAGCCGAUUUGGUCGUCGACUACAAACCACCAACUUGCAGAAAGUCAAGUGAAGACCUUUUAGACCAGCUAAAGCAACUUAUUACUGAAGACGACGACAAAGACAGAGAAUCUUCUGGACUUGAAAACUUAGGAUGUCUGAACACACAGCUCCCAUCCUCUAAAUCCAGCCCUGACACAAUCAAAGACCCUGACAGUGGAUGUGAUGCUUUACAAAGGAGCGCAGAGGAAUGUUCUCCAGACCACAGCACUGAUGAAGAUGACGCUAUGGUGUGUGCUAACAAGAAGUGCAACCGGAUUGAGAGUAUGUUCAACGCCUGCUUGUACUUCAAAUCAUGUCACAGUUGCUACACCUUUUACUGCUCACGAAACUGCCGCAGGGAUGACUGGGAGACCCACAAAGAGACCUGUCUGUACGGUCGUGUCAACAGUGUGUGUCGACACACUCUGAAGUUCUGCAGAGAGAAUUCAGAGAUCCACAAAGCCUUCUCUCGCGUUGCUAAAGCUGGCUACCUCUCAAGAGGGAGAGGCGUUCUCUUUCUGGGUUUUGCUAAUCCGGAGACAGCUGACAACUUCCUGCAAGUUGGGCUCGAGAGCCUCCUCAUGUCUCCCACAUACUUAUCUCUCAGAGAGCUGGAUGGCUUCAAGGACAACCUAGGUGAAUAUUGCAAGGAGCUGCAGCUGGCAGGUAACGAGUACGACCCCAAUGAAUGUUUCCUUCUGAAUGUAUCCGUGGCUGUUGGUGAGCUAGUGCCUAACAGACCUUCACCGAGAGUCCAAGCACCAACAGUUCGAAAAUAUGCAAAGGUGUCGUUGGCCUCCUCAAGCCCUGACAAAAAGGUACUCAAGAAGGAUAGUGAAAUGGAAACUCUCAUCCUCACUCCGCCUCCAGGCACGCCGGACAUUGACAAGGAGGGGGAGGAGGGAAGAAAAGCCAGAGAGGUGUGCUUUGUCAAUAUCCAGCGUGAGCUCAGGACCAGGGGAGUCUUCCUUCGUCACGAGUACCCCAAAAUCUAUAAUCAGCUGUGUGAGUUUGUGGAGAGCAACAAAAGGUUCACUCCAACGACAAUUUACCCAAUAGACAAGAGAACGGGGAAACAGUUCAUGUGCAUGAUCAUGGCUGCGUCCGAGCCAAGAACGCUGGACUGGGUGGGUACGCCUCAUCUCUUGGAUGAUAUUAUAUAG